AUGACUUCUGUCAAAAUCCUCCUCUUUGGUGUCGCGGCAGCUGCAGCUACCAUAAGUGGUGGAAACGCUCGCGUCGACAUAGACGUCGCCAUCAUCGGUGGCGGGGCCUCUGGGGCUUACGCGGCUGUUCGACUAAGAGAGGACUUUGGCAAGAACAUCGUGGUCGUCGAGAAACAAGACCGCUUGGGCGGCCACACGAACACAUGGCAUGAUCCGGUGACAAAGAAGCCAUAUGACUAUGGUGUCCAGGUCUUCACGAACCUCACCGCCUCCAGAGACUUCUUUGAACGAUUCGAUAUCCCGGUCGGGCCCCCCCAGUUUGCUCAGUCGCACACGCUGUAUGCAGACUUCGCAACUGGCAAGGCUAUUGAAUACACGCCUCCCAGGGAUGCAGAGUUCGCGGAUGCAUUGACAAGAUGGCGUGAGCAGUGGCUCAAGUACCAAGAUCUACUGCUGCCGACCAGCUCGAAUUUUCCCACCGGCGCCGACAUUCCAGAAGACCUCCUAUUGACUUGGAAUGAGUUUGCGCGCAAGUACGAUGUAGAAGCCAUAAGCCCGUCCAUCUUCAACAUUGUUGUCGUCGACCUAGAGGCUGCACUCAUGGUCGAUGUGUGGAAAGCGUACGCCGGUCCAACUCGUGCUACCGUACCAGACCUGCAACCGGUAUCAGGAGACAACUCUGAAGUCUACCAAAAGGCUGCUCAACUCCUAGGCACUGAUGUGCUGUACGAGAGCCAGGUGGUUUCGGCUAAAAGAUCAAAUGAUGGAGUGCAGCUUCAUGUGAAGGGCAAGGACGGGCACACAACCGAAAUCAACGCCAAGCGACUCCUGAUUACCGUUGGACCGGAAACGUUGAACCAGAAAGUCUUCGACUUGGACGAUGAGGAGGUUGAUAUUUUCUCUUCAACCUUUGGCAAUCGAUGCUACACGGGUGUGGUAUCACACCCAUCGCUGCCGGCAAAGGUGGUUCAGAACACAGUCCCGGGGGCUGUGGCCGCAGACUACCUCGAUUUUCCUUCCGUUCCAGCGUUAUCCAGCUUCAAUUAUCUGGGAAACUCCUCAAGCGGGCCUAUUUACAGGACUGUACUUAUCGUGCCAAGAGACAUGGAAUUCGAGCAAGCAAAAAGCCUUGUUCGCGGCUCGCUGCAGAACUUGAUCGAUGCCGGAACCAUCCCCGCCGGAGAUGUUGAACAGGUCCGUUAA